CGUCUGAUGUAUGUGUUGGUAUUCUAUUUCAGAAUGAGAGGCGUCCCUAUGCCUCAUACAUGGAGUCACAGCCUGAGAUAAAUGAGAAAAUGAGGGCUACCCUUGUUGAUUGGCUGGUACUUGUUCACACCAAGUAUGAGUUUUCACUUGAAACCCUCUACCUCACCAUCAACAUAAUUGAUCGGUUCCUUGCACUCCAGAUUGUGCCAAGGAAUGAACUGCAAUUGGUUGGCAUCACUGCCAUGCUCAUGGCAUCGAAGUAUGAAGAAAUUUUGGCCCCUAUGGUUAAUGACCUUGUCUUGCUCUCAGACGGAGCUUAUUGUCAUCAACAGAUACUUGAGAUGGAGAAAAUCAUACUGAGAAAGCUGGAAUGGAACUUGAGUGUGCCUACACCAUUUAUUUUCCUAGUUCGUUUCAUCAAGGCUUCCUCAGUUCCGGAUCAAGAUGAGGCGGUGCAAAACAUGGCCUGUUUUCUUUGUGAGUUGGGGAUGAUGCAUUAUGCUACCAUGAAGUAUUGCCCAUCAAUGAUUGCUUCCUCAGCAGUGUUUGCAGCUAGGCGCACUCUCAACAAGAGCCGUGCUUGGAAUCACACACUUAAGCUGCACACUGGUUACUCACAACAACAGCUUAUGGAUUGUGCUACACUCUUGGUGAGCUUUCAUUGCAUGGGUGGGAAUGGGAAGCUCAAGGUUGUGUACAAUAAGUACUGCGAACCUCAAAGAGGAGCUGUUGCGCGGCUUCCACCAGCUAAAAAUCUACUGACUUUAGAGGAGAGGAUAGAGAGGAUACACAUUGAUGAGAACAUAGAAAAGAAAAAAAGGAAGAUGUUGUAAAUGCUGCAUAUUUUAUUGUUUUUCCUUUUCAAUUUUUUACAA